GCUAUAUUACGCUUGGACGCGGUUCUGGACUGUCAAGCUAUUUAUUCAGUGUUGCAUGGCCCCAUUCUCUGGUAUCAUGAAUCCUGUCCACGGGUCUCUCUCCCAAGAUUUAAAACUAAACGAAAAGGAAGAUUCGGAGAGGGACGGAAUUCAGUCAAAGGAUAAGACCACUGCAAAAGGAUUUAAAUGCAAGACUUUCAGUCUCCCUUUUAGUGUCGAAUCACUCAUUUCAAAUAGAUCGCCGUGUCGGACUCAGUAUUCUUCCUCUGAGCUAGGUGUGGUUCCACCAAAAGCUGCUGCUGAACAGCCAAGGCAACUUUCGCCAAGGACAAUUUACGCAGAGAGUAAUAUUUCCGCGGAAAGCAUUCCAAAUUUGUCUGACUCCCCGAAAAACGAGGGUGAAGAUUUAAAUGACAACGAUCAGAGCACUUGGUUUCAGACAGCAUCAUACUCCACUCCAACAAGAAACUCCACUCCAUCUCCUUGCCCUCUUCGGAAACACAAGAACAACAGAAAACCUCGAACACCUUUCACCACUUCGCAGCUGCUUGCCCUGGAGAGAAAGUUUCGUCAGAAACAGUACUUAUCUAUUGCAGAGAGGGCUGAAUUUUCCAAUUCACUAAAUCUCACGGAGACACAGGUCAAAAUCUGGUUCCAGAACAGAAGGGCGAAAGCUAAAAGACUUCAAGAAGCCGAAUUGGAAAAAUUCAAACUUGCAACAAAACCGCUCCUACCUGCUUUUGCGUUUCCAUUCCCACUGGGAGCACAUGUGGGAACUCCCUCCUUGUACGGACCUUCGAACGCCUUCCCAAGGCCUACCUUACCGGUGCCUGGACUUUUCAGUGGACCUGUAACCUAUGGGAUGUAUUAUUUGUCAUAAGUAGAUGAAGCCUGAUACAAAUAAAUAUAUUUUAGAGCAAUUUGAAUGUUCUCAGUUCAGUCUACUCAUCACAACACUGAUGAAUCUAU